UUGAUUAGAAGAAAUAAAAUUAAUGUCGAACUGCUCAUCCGCUGAACAAUAAAUCCUAAUUUGUUAUUCCCCGGAAUGUUAUGAAUAUUUACGUUCUCAAUAAAUGGUUCUCGAACCAUUUUUGCUAAUAAAAUAAUUGAUAAUCAUGAUCUACGUGGUGAAUGAAAGGAAGUGGAAAACUCCUCUGUUCUAUCGUUUUCUGACGAAAAUUCAGUCGCAUUCAGUAAAUAGUGAUAAUACAGUUGAGUAGUGUAGUGCGGUGCGGUGACUAACUAUCAGGAAGUUAGAUUGCACAAUUAGGAAUAAUAUGGACAAUUUGAAGUUCUGCAAAUGGAUAAGCAUAUUUCCUUCGAAUAGAAGGAAAUUGGAAGAAAACAAACAUGUUCGAUGAUCGGUGCAAGACUAAAAAACUUCGAUUUAUAGUGUGUGCGUUCAUAACUCCAUUAGUGUUCAUAAGUUCGGGAAUCAUAUUGAUCAUUUUGAGGACGUUAAUUUACAACGGUUUAAAAAGUGAAGUUUUGAGUGUGACCCCUGGAAGUAAGUCAUACGAAAUCUUCAAGAAAACCCCUUUCGACAUCUAUUUGGACAUAUACUUCUUCAACUGGACUAACCCUGAAGAGUUUAGUAAUCCACUAGUGAAACCAAAGUUCGAAGAAAUUGGACCAUUUCGUUUUUUAGAAGUGAUGGAAAAGACUAACAUCACAUUCCAUGAUAAUUCAACGGUUUCUUACAACAGAACCAGGAGGUGGUACUUUGAUAAGGAGUUUUCGCCCUAUGAUCUGCAUACUCCGAUAACAUCAAUUAAUCCUGUUGCAGCCUCGGGUGGUUAUGCAAUGAGACACGAGAGCAUAUGGACGAAGAAAUUAUUCUCUAUCGGAAUAAGAUCCAUUCUGGGACGGAUGGACAUGACACAAUCCGUUGCGAACGUGUUCUUCGACGGCUACGAAGACCCACUCAUCAAUUUGGGAAAAUCCCUACCAUUUGUGAAACAAAAAGUCCCUCCAAUGGACAAAUUUGGUUGGUUUUAUAAGAGAAACGGUUCUAAUGAAUGGGACGGGCGUUAUAACAUGGGCACUGGAUCUCAAACAAAGUUCGGUCAAUUGUACAAAUAUAAUAAUAUGGAACACUCUCCAUUCUUCAAAGAUAGAUGUGGUGAUAUUAGAGGCUCUGCUGGGGAGUUCUUUCCAGCAGGAUUGGGAAAACAACCCCUAGAACUUUUCAACCCCGAAAUGUGCAGAACGAUCGUUUUUGAUUACGUCGAGGAAGAAAGGAAGAAAAUGAUCAAUGGAUAUAAGUUCACUUUGGGAGACCAUUUCUUUGAUAACGGAACCAUAUAUCCAGAAAAUGUGUGCUACUGUUCCGGUGACUGCGUUCCCUAUGGAGUGAUGAAUAUAUCGCUAUGCAGGUACGGAUCUCCAGGUUUUGUCUCAUUACCUCAUUUCUAUAAGGCAGAUCCAUAUUUCAUCAAUCUCGUGGAUGGUAUGAAACCAAGUAAGAAGCAUGACUUCUACAUGAUCAUCGAACCGACCACUGGUCUUCCUCUAGAGGUGUCAGCAAGGCUCCAGAUAAAUCUGCUCGUGAAAAAUGUUCCAGGUAUUGGAUUACUCGAAGAUAGAAACGACGUCUUCUUCCCUAUCUUCUGGUUUGAACAAGUCGUGGAGGUACCGACCAAAUACUCGUUUGGUCUCCUCUUUUUACUGUGGCUGAAGGAAAUCUGCAUACUGACAGGUCUGCUUAUGAUCUGUAGUGGAAUUAUUAUUAUGUCAAUUGCGGUCUACCGAAUUUGCACAACGCCGUUGUGGACCAGACCCGAAGAAAUUUACAACAAAGAACUUGUUCCUCUUAACCAAGAAAAGAGGUGAUACAAACGCGAAGACAUAUUAAUCUAUGAGACCACUUUGUGAUAUGAACAUUUAGUUUCCUAGGAUCCUAUGGAUAAUUCUUCAAAUGUGCGAAUAUGUUGUAUUGAAUGUUAUUUUCGUAAUAAUUUGUGUAAAUUUUUGAUAUAUUUUGUAACGAUUUUUAAUUUAGUCAUUAAAUUGAAUCCAUGUUUU